GUUUCAUGGUCUUUUCUCAAGGACACACGUGAAUGACCUUAGUAAUCGAAUGCUUGUUCUUGCUGUUACUGUUUGAAAGUGGAAUUGGUCCUCAAAGCUUCUUGACGUCUUGGAGCUACUAAAGUACACUGUAAAUUACGAGCAACAAAAAAGAAGAAAUACAUGGAAGCCAUUUUGCCGAAGCUAGACGAUGGUGUGUGCAACGAUCAGCACUCAGGUCAGGUGGAGCCCCCGGCUUCGAGCCUGUCGAGCACUGUAGCUCCGUCAGAUGCUGUUGCGCCCGCCCUUCUGGCCUCAUUAAAUGCAGCAUCGUCGAACUCGUUGCAGCACGGCGGAGCAGUUGCUUCCUCCGAAAGGCCGACUCGUAUGAAGAGCCUCAGCCUUUUUGGCUUGUACACGGUGCAAAUGCGAGAAGAAAGGGCAUGGCGACUGCUCUACGGUGGCCUUGCAGGGGUCUGUGUACUGAACGCAAUAAAAAUUCCAUUUUUGCUACCGAAAAUACGGGCAUUUCGAGGGGCGCCUUUCCUUCCAACGAAACGGAAGACCGUCGACGUACUUUUCGACGACGUUCUGCAGCACCGGAGCAGCAGCAGCAGCAGCAGCUCAAUUUGUAGACGUGCAAGCGCCACUGGCACUGGCACCGUUAAUGACCCGGCCCGUCAGUCCAGAAGGCUUUUGGAUUUCGGUUCUGGUGAUGGGCGCAUCGUUUUCGCUGCAGCAAGGCGCGGCUACCACGCUGUUGGCUACGAAAUCAACCCUUGGUUACAUUUCACAGCCCUGGUGAGGCGAAAAUUGUGCCUCACCGCCGAGGAACAGCGCCGCUGUCACCUGCGCUUCGGAAACGUGUGGAAGCUUGUGGAACGGCGUGAUCCUUUCGACGUGAUCACCGUGUACGGCAGACCGGGAGACAAUGUAAUGCAGCAUUUUAGUGACUUUGUUUAUGGCUUAGAACUUCUCCUGAUAAAUAAAUUUAUUGUUCAUCUUGAGGCUGAGAUGCAUCUUUGUGUGUGUCUCCUUUUCCAAGGGAAAGAAUACACUUCAAAGAUGCAUUAUGACUUUCAAGAAGACGAAUAAAGGGAAGGUCUAAUUCGUGAGGAAAAUGAAACCACAAGUUGUGGUAUCCAAUGAGUAUGCAGUACCAGGACUUGAAAGAAAUCUCGUUCGAGAAGUGCAUGGGUUGAAGCUCUAUCAAUUGUGACGCAGAUUUAGUACGUAGUACAGAGUUUGACUUUCUGACUAUUCCUUUGUCUUGCCGGGAGACGCCAUCCAAGAUUCUUUCGCUUGAAAACAUUUAUUCUAAAAAAGGAGUAUGGCGAACGCGCAACAAUUCCAAAAUCAUCCAAAUGUAUGUCGUGUGGAGUAGUCCCUGAGAUGUCUUUGAUCCACCUACAGUACGCGACUGGCUGGAAGUUUCCUGGCAUGAUUUUUAGGUGCAAUUGAUGCUAAAAUGUUCGCAGAGGCGAUUGACAUUCGCACAGCAGUCCUAAAUUACAAAUAGGUAUCAACUCCUACUACAAACCGGAAAUAAAUGGCAAGAUGCGUUUUUUUAACGACUGGCAGUACUAGAAAAUACGACUGCCUGAUAUCAUCAUUGCUCGGCAGUAUUUACUAUGUAGGCACAAGGUAGUACAUCCCCCAUCUAGGCCCAUGCAGGAAGGGGGUGUAUUUCGUGCAUAACAAGUCCUG